GGCCUCCCCCCUGCCCCGGCCGCCCCGGCCGGCUGGCCGUUGGCCUGUCCGCGCCCGCCCCCUUCCACCGGCUCCAAUCCCACCACACUCUGGAGGGCGGGCGGGCAGGCGGGUGCGAGCGAGGGGUGUGCGCCGCUCUCUCCGCAGGGGGCGGGGGAGGCGGCCGCGCGGUGACGCGCGGGGCUGCUGCGGCUGCUCCGCUGGCGGAUCAUCACUCUCGGGCUGGGAUGGACGCGGGGCGGGCGGGCCCUGGCGCGCGGAGCCAGGAGUCCGGGCCUCCCGGCUGCUGAGCGGCCCCCGAAGCCUCCCCCUUGCCCCCGGUUCCCCUCCUAGGAGCGCUGCCGACCCCCACUCCGGGGCUCUAGACUCGGCUCCCGCCCUCCUCUGACUCCCUGAACCUCCCCCUCUCGCCCGCCCUCGGGAUCGACUAGAUCCCUCCCCCUCCCGAGGAUUCCGGCUGGAUCCCUGCCCCUGCACCGCGGAUCCUGCGCUCCCGGGCUCUGGGCCCCUGGGGAUUGCCGUAGACACCUCUUCCCGCACCCGAUCCCUUAGGAUCUUCCGCCUCUACCGCCUUCUGGUCCUACGAAGCCAGCCCACGGAGCCUGUGGAUCCCCAAUACAGUCCUUCCUCGUUGCCCCCUCUUCGCUCCGCGGCUCCACUGCGGGGUUCCCUGUUCUGGAUUCCUCCUGACCCCAUCCCCUAUCUCUCCUUUCCCCGGGGAUCGACUGGAUCCCGGCCCCGCCCCCCGGGGCUGGGGCGAUCCCCCUCCCCCGCCCGGUGAGGCGCUGCGGGCGGGGGCUGGGCCUGCGGGGCCGCGGGGGCUCAGAGGCCGCCGCCCCCCUCCCGAAGCCCGUCCGCCCCCUACUCGGAGCCCUGGAUGGAGGCACCACGGCCCCAGGGCUGAGCCAGGUCGGGCCUACCUUCACCUCCUCCCACUUCCUUCCCCUUCCCCACCCCUUGCCCCCUCCAUGGAGAGGAACAGACCCUUUCUCUGUCCAGUCUAACCCAGGUCCCUCCCGGCCCCCCCUCCUCCCUCCUUUCCCCCGCCCCCUCCUCCCUACUGGGGCGAGGGGGGGCCUCCCUCCCUCUCCCCCCCUUCUCUCUCUCUCCGAGGGGGGGGGUCCCGGGGAGGGAGGGGGGGUCCCCCGAUCAGCAUGUGGCUCCUGGCGCUGUGUCUGGUGGGGCUGGCAGGGGCUCAACGGGGGGGAGGGGGUCCCGGUGGCGGCGCCCCGGGCAGCCCAGGCCUGGGCCUCAGCAGCCUCGGGGAGGAACGCUUUCCGGUGGUGAACACGGCCUACGGGCGAGUGCGCGGCGUGCGGCGCGAGCUCAACAACGAGAUCCUGGGUCCCGUCGUGCAGUUUUUGGGUGUGCCCUACGCCACGCCACCCCUGGGCGCCCGCCGCUUCCAGCCGCCCGAGGCCCCCGCCUCGUGGCCCGGCGUGCGCAACGCCACCACCCUGCCGCCCGCCUGCCCGCAGAACCUGCACGGCGCGCUGCCUGCAAUCAUGCUGCCUGUGUGGUUCACCGACAACUUGGAAGCUGCCGCCACCUACGUGCAGAACCAGAGCGAGGACUGCCUGUACCUCAACCUCUACGUGCCCACCGAGGACGGUCCGCUCACAAAAAAACGUGACGAGGCGACGCUCAAUCCGCCAGACACAGAUAUCCGGGACUCGGGGAAGAAGCCCGUGAUGCUGUUUCUCCACGGCGGCUCCUACAUGGAGGGCACCGGGAACAUGUUCGAUGGCUCCGUCCUGGCCGCCUAUGGCAACGUCAUUGUAGCCACGCUCAACUACCGGCUUGGGGUGCUCGGCUUUCUCAGCACCGGGGACCAGGCUGCAAAAGGCAACUAUGGACUCCUAGACCAGAUCCAGGCACUGCGAUGGCUCAGUGAAAACAUUGCCCACUUCGGGGGUGACCCUGAGCGCAUCACCAUCUUUGGAUCUGGGGCAGGGGCUUCCUGUGUCAACCUUCUGAUCCUCUCUCACCAUUCGGAAGGCUUGUUCCAGAAGGCCAUUGCCCAGAGCGGCACUGCCAUUUCCAGUUGGUCUGUCAACUACCAGCCGCUCAAGUACACGCGCCUGCUGGCGGCCAAAGUGGGCUGCGACCGCGAGGACAGCACCGAAGCCGUGGAGUGUCUGCGCCGGAAGCCCUCCCGGGAGCUGGUGGACCAGGAUGUACAGCCCGCCCGUUACCACAUCGCCUUUGGGCCCGUGGUGGAUGGUGACGUCGUCCCCGAUGACCCCGAGAUCCUCAUGCAGCAGGGAGAGUUCCUCAACUAUGACAUGCUUAUUGGCGUCAACCAAGGAGAAGGCCUCAAGUUCGUGGAGGACUCCGCAGAGAGUGAGGAUGGCGUGUCUGCCAGCGCCUUUGACUUUACCGUCUCCAACUUUGUGGACAACCUGUAUGGCUACCCUGAGGGCAAGGAUGUGCUUCGGGAGACCAUCAAGUUCAUGUACACGGACUGGGCCGACCGGGACAAUGGCGAGAUGCGAAGAAAGACCUUGCUGGCGCUCUUUACAGACCACCAGUGGGUGGCACCAGCUGUGGCCACCGCCAAGCUGCACGCUGACUACCAGUCCCCCGUCUACUUUUAUACCUUUUACCACCACUGCCAGGCUGAGGGCCGGCCGGAGUGGGCAGACGCAGCACAUGGGGACGAGCUACCCUAUGUCUUUGGCGUGCCCAUGGUGGGUGCCACCGACCUCUUCCCCUGCAACUUCUCCAAGAAUGACGUCAUGCUCAGCGCUGUGGUCAUGACCUACUGGACCAACUUCGCCAAGACCGGCGACCCCAACCAGCCGGUGCCGCAGGACACCAAGUUCAUCCACACCAAGCCCAACCGCUUCGAGGAGGUGGUAUGGAGCAAGUUCAACAGCAAGGAGAAGCAGUACCUGCACAUUGGCCUGAAGCCCCGCGUGCGCGACAACUACCGCGCCAACAAGGUGGCCUUCUGGCUGGAGCUGGUGCCGCACCUGCACAACCUGCACACGGAGCUCUUCACCACCACCACGCGCCUGCCGCCCUACGCCACCCGCUGGCCGCCGCGCCCGCCCCCCGGCGCCUCUGGCACCCGCCGGCCCCCGCCGCCCGCCACGCUGCCGCCCGAGCCCGAGCCCGAACCGGGCCCGCGGGCCUACGACCGCUUCCCCGGGGACUCCCGGGACUACUCCACCGAGCUCAGCGUCACGGUGGCGGUGGGCGCCUCGCUGCUCUUCCUCAACAUCCUGGCCUUCGCUGCGCUCUACUACAAGCGGGACCGGCGGCAGGAGCUGCGGUGCCGGCGGCUCAGCCCCCCGGGGGGCUCGGGCUCGGGAGUGCCGGCAGGGGGCCCCCUGUUGCCUGCCGCAGGCCGGGAGCUCCCGCCCGAGGAGGAGCUGGUGUCGCUGCAGCUGAAGCGCGCGGGGGGCGUCGGGGCGGACCCCGCCGAGGCCCUGCGCCCUGCCUGCCCGCCCGACUACACGCUGGCCCUGCGCCGGGCGCCGGACGACGUGCCUCUGCUGGCCCCCGGGGCGCUGACCCUGCUGCCCAGCGGCCUGGGGCCGCCGCCACCGCCGCCGCCCCCCUCCCUGCACCCCUUCGGGCCCUUCCCGCCGCCGCCCCCCACCGCCGCCGGCCACAACAACACGCUCCCGCACCCCCACUCCACCACUCGGGUAUAGGGGGCGGCGUGGGGGCGGGGGCCCUCCUCCGCAGCCCCCUGCACCCCCAGCCAGCGGGCGGUGGCCGCUCGGAAGACAGGGAGGAGGACUGGCCGCAGGCUCCUCGCCACCGCGCUGGACGUGUCACCCCGCGGUGUGGCCCCGGUGGCGAGGGGCGCCAGGUGGACAUGGGCGUCCUCACCACCACGGGUGUCUUUCCCAUGCCCAGAGGCCCGUUCUCUUCUCUGGACCUGGGCCUUGGAACAACUGGGGGGCACUCGGUCCCCUCCACUGGGACACCAGUCUUGGGUGUGUGGCAGCGUGGAGGUGUGCUUUCUCACAAGGGGGUGUGUUUUCCCAUGUGCAGGGUGAGGUUUUUUUUUUGCCCCCCUGGACACAUGUUGGCCCCCUCAAAGAAUUUCUGUGGGGAUUUGUACCCCAGACCCCUGUUCCCUCAUGCCUUCUCUCACCUCCUCCCCCCUCCCACACCCCAUGGAGACCCUGGAAGUGGCGUAGUUGGCGGACAGUGACCCUGGGCCACCAGACGACACAGGGUGGUGCCUGGGAAGGUAGCGAGGAAAUCAGCCGUCCCCCCCCCUCCCGCUCAGAGCCCCCCGCCCCCUCUGCCCCCAGCAAAGCAUGCUUAUCCCCCGUGGCCCAUGUCAGAUAAAGCACGUCCUCUGGGUAGGCUUCGCCUCCCACAGAUGACAGACAAGACAGACAGACACAGAUUCCCUGCUGGGUGGGGGGAAGGGAGGAGAUCCGUGCAUCCCUGUGCAGCCUGGGAACGUGUUGUCUCGUGGGUCCAGGACACACUCUGAGUGCAAACAUGUUCUUGUGUGUGGAUGCGUGUUUUCCCCAUGAAGACGGUCCCUUCCUCUCCAGCACUUCCAGGCAGCCCCAGGCCUGAGGCCUAGCACUUAGGUCCUCCCCACCCAGCAGGUGGGAACAGACUUGAAGAAGCUGGGAGGGGUGCCCCUCUCUUCCCCCAAGAGAUGCCAAGUUGGGGGGGCAUGGUGUGCCACCCACAGAGGCCAUGCAUGCUUGACCAAAGCCCUCACUGGGGUCUAAGGACAGCCUUUCCCUCCAUUCUCAGACCAUUGCUCAUCCGUGCCAAACUGGGUCAGGUGGGUUUGAGGGGUGUGGGGGGGAAAGACCCCCCCAAAUGUGCCAAGGAUUCUCCAGUCCUGGGCCAGGGCAGGUAAAUGUAGGGACAGGUGGGAUACCAGGGAGGCAAGUGGCAGUGAAAGGGGGUCCCGCUUGUGUCUCUCCUACGUCCACGGCGUCGCACUCCUCCCGUCUCUGCCUCAGUGUCCCUCUUCCCAUGUCUGUCUCCCUCUUCUCAAUGUGAGAACGCCUUCUCCCCUCAGCCCCCCGUACCCUGCCUGGACCCUGCUGGGCCCCCUUCCCUCAGCUGCCUGAGCUCAAGGAAAGAGGCAUGGAGGGUGCAGGGGAGGAGGCAGGGGGUACAAAGGCUUCUCAGGACAGGUUGGGGAAUGAGGUCAGCUGUGCCAAGGAACAGGUGGCGGGGGCGGCAGGAGAUGGGGCUCGGGUGGACAGCAGCAGGGACAGUUUGAAAGGACAUGUGUGAGGUGACUGUCCAGAGAGGACACCGCCCGAGGAGAAAAGGUCUGGGCCUCUGGGGAGAAGGACGAUGUCAGGAAGGGUUUUAAGGGACGCCAGUGAGGGAGUGUCCUCUUCUGCUGGCAUUUUGUGAGUUUGUUAGUGCCAAACUGGAGUAGGGGGUGGGGUGCCGUCUUCCACUGACACACAGAUCCAGAAUCCCUGGUCUUGGCUCCCCAGAACUCUGCCUCCUGUCCCUUCUGCCACCUACCCCCACAGAAACUUAAUUCUUUUCUGACCCCUUCCCUUGCCUGGUCUAGCUCCUCUCCAAACAGCCAUGCCCUCUAAAUGCUAGAGACCUGGGCCCUGAACCCUGUAGACAGAUGCCCUCCAAACUGGGGCAUGGGAGGGGGGCUGGGGGACCCCAUGAUUCAGCCACGGACUCCAAUGCCCAGCCCCUCUCCCCAGAACAAUCCCUUGACAAUCCCAUGUCCCUAACCCCAACCCAUUGCGGCUCUGUACACAUUUUUAAACCUGGCAAAAGAUGAAGAGAAUAUUGUAAAUAUAAAAAUUUAACUGUU